CGUGCGCCUCCGACACCAUGGUCUCGCUCGUCGCGGCGCUCGUCGGUGUGCUCGUUGCUGCUAUCCAUGCGAGUCCACAGCCGAUUGAGAUUGGGUAUCCCGUACCGCUGCACCUGCGCGCCAACAGCUCUGCGUCCUUCCACUACACGAUUCGUCGCGACGGCGCCAGCUUCCUCGCCGUUCAUUUUACUGUCCUGGCGCUUCCCCCAACGGCGACGGUGUCGCUUGCGUGUGCCGACGGCUCGAAGCACAUGGAGCUCAUUGGCGCACGCAAUGACUUUUACACCGAGUCGUUUCCGUGUUCUACCAUCGACAUUGCCUACACCGCCCCGACGUACACGGCAGCGAAUGCAUCGGUGUUUGAGAUCGACCAGGUGAUCCACGGUACGCCCGACCCGUCGUCGUCGGGGCCGCUCGAAACCAUCUGCAGCAUCUCAGACGAGUCGCGGGCGGUGGCGUGUCUUGAAGGGCUCGAGCCCGUCAAGUAUAAAACGAGCCGCGCCGUGGCCCGCCUUCGUCUUAGCGGCGGGCGGGGAUGCACGGGCUGGCUCUUUGGCUCGGAAGGGCACAUGCUCACCAACAGCCACUGCAUCAACUCCGAGCGGGGCGCCGCCAACACCCAAGUCGAGUUUGACGCGCGUUGCAGCACGUGCAAGGACCCACAGAACAAGGUCGCGUCUGCUUGCCCUGGCACCGUCGUCGCCAGCAGCGUCAAGCUCGUGGUUUGGGACGAACUCCUCGACUUUGCAUUGGUGAAAAUCGACAACCCAAGUGUCGGCCUCGCGCAGUACGGUUACCUUCAGGGCCGCGACGCGCCCCCCGCGCUCGGAGAGCACAUUUGGACAGCGCAUCACCCCAAGGGCUGGCCAAAGCGCUUUUCUUUGACCUACAACGGCGACGUGCCCACGAUUACGGACUUGGACAAAGCCAGCUGCAUGCCCAAUUUCAAGUAUACAGCGAAGGGCUCGAUCGGUCACUUGCUCGAUACGGCGGACGGCUCCUCUGGCGCGCCGAUCCUGAGCACCAAGGACAACGCAGUCAUUGCCUUGCACAACUGCGGGCUCUGCGAUGAUCGAGGCGACGUCAACGGCGGCAUCAAGAUGAGCAGCAUCAUCCAGUUCCUCCGCCAACGCAACCUGCUGCCCAAGAAUGCCGUUGUGCCGGGUAGUUCUCCCACGGUAGCUCCGACACCCGCUCCAACGUCCACCCCGACAGCUGCCGAAACCACAGGCCCGACGACCGCCCCGACGUCUACCCCUUCUGCCAACUACCUUCGCCUCUGCACCUUCUCCAAGCGCGGCGUCUUCGAGUGGUACCGCGCUCUCUACGCCGACGUUAUCGAGCUCAGCCCCAACGCCCAGUUCGACUACAACCCGACGUCGGGUGCCAUUAGCGUCCGCAGCAACCAUGAGUGCCUCGACGCGUACGAAGCCAACGGCGCCUUCCACCUCCACACGUGGGCGUGCGCCUCGGACAACGUCAACCAGCAAUGGACUGUCGAGGGCGACCGCGUCCGCCACCGCAAGCACAACGUCUGCCUCACGACGACGGCGUCGACGACCAUCGACGUGGCCACGUGCAACUCGCAGGACCUCCGCCAGCGCUUCUCGACGGCGUGCGACGGCCCCGUCCGGUCGUUCGUCAAGCUCCGGACGCCCAAGGGUCUCUACCUCUCCGAGUGGAACUCGGGCGUGUACGCCAACGGCCAAGUGUUCAACGUCAACGAGCUCUUCGAAGUCGAUGCGUCGACGCAGCAGAUCAAGGCGGUCAGCAACGGCCAGUGCCUCGACGCGUACACGCAGGACGGCCGUCUCCGCGUGCACACGUACACGUGUGACGCGUCGAAUGGCAACCAAAAGUGGCGCGUCACCAACGGCAAGGUCGAGCACGCGACCCAUACGGGGCAGUGUCUGGACGUGGACCCGACGGACCCGCACCACAACGUGCAAAUGUGGACGUGCAUUGCCGGCAACGACAACCAGCGCAUCGAGCUCGUGCCGCAGAACUAAGAACUUACGAGCGAUGCUUUUGUCUCUAUA